ACAAAAGGUUUGAAUUUUUAAUAUAAAAUUUAGUUUUAAUAAAAAAUGCUUAACGAAUCGGGCGAUAGUACUAGUGAUGGCAUUUCUAUCCACACGUGCCGUACGUGCGAAACACGUUUAGUCGACAUACGCUAUCAUUGCGGUCAAUGCGAUCACUUUGAUCUCUGUGUGGCCUGUUAUCAACGCCACGGUCACACCCAUCCCAUGGAUCAGCUUACAUUUAUAGGCCAAUGGGUAGAGGUGGCGCCGGUAGCGAAACAGGAUGGCAAUACUGGCCGAGCGAACGCGUGCGGCGACGGCUCGUCGAACGCACCGCCGGUGAAGGGCGAAACGCGUCGCCUAUCGAUCCAACGAUGCAUACAGAGUCUGGUCCACGCGUGUCAGUGCAGUGACGCCAACUGUCGGCUCCCAUCGUGUCAUAAGAUGAAGCGAGUCGUACAACACGCCAAGUCCUGCAAACGCAAGUCCAGCCAACCCAACCAAACGGCUGCUCCCGGCUGUCCCAUAUGCAAACAAUUGAUAGCCCUGUGCUGUUAUCACGCCAAACACUGUCUGGAAAACAAGUGUCCCGUUCCCUACUGUAAUAAUAUUAGGCACAAACUGAGACAACAACAGCUCCAGCAACGCCUACAACAGGCCCACAUUCUUAAGAGACGUAUCGCCUCUAUGGCCAGUAUGUCUCACCAGUCAUCACAACCGCCUCCGACACCGCAACACCACUUCAGUCCACAACAGCAACAAUCGACAUCACAACAGCAUUACAUGAAACUACUAAAGCAAAGUGCAUCUAUGCCAGGUAUAUCUGGCCCGACACCGGUGCCAUCACAGGAGCAAAAAUCGGGGUGUUCACCACAACUGGUUUCGCAAAUUAAUGCUAAUCCGGAAGGGAUGGAUGUUAUGCCUACCGAUUCAUCGGAACAAAGAGAAAUUCAGCAACGAUUACAAGCGCUGAAAAUACAACAUGAUAUAAAUAGCCCAUAA